GAAUUCAACGUCGUAUUGUUGUGAGUGGCCAGGUAUAACUUGUGACAAGGGUGUUUUCAGCGUGGGGCUUGAGCUCUGAAUGAAUCAAUGGUGGACAUGACGCUUCAAGUGGGCCUUUUAGUCUUCAGUUUUUCCAGAGUCUACACUUAUCUUUCAACAACUUCAACACAACCCUGCGCGCGGCCAGUCAAAGUUUGCCAACCUCUCACAGAUUUGUCCACCGCUGGCCUUAAAGGCCAGAUUCCAAAUGAGAUCUCAAAGCUGAGAAAGCUGGUUAGUCUUGAUUUGUCUGCUCUUUUCUUCCCCAGAGUUCUUGAUGCUUCCCUUGCAAAGCCACAUAAUUCUUCAAAUAAUAAAUGUUAUAGUUUAGGAAGGAGGUGUCCAGUAGACAGAAUGAGAGCGGGGAAAAAAGAGAGGAAACCGAGGUCUACCACGUCAGCAAUCGGACACCAUAUAUAUUCUCUCUCAUUUGUCGUCUGUCCUGAACCGAAAAAAAGUAGCCCUAAAAAAAGAAGAAGAAAAAAGGGCAGCCUCUUUGAAAAUCAAUCUCUUUUUGGUAACGAUCGACGAUCUUUUUAACAGGAAUCGAAUUCUCAAAGAAGUUGUGAACGUUGUUCAUUUUGCUGCUGUGGUGUGAGGAGCUCUGGAUACUUUAGUCUUGUCUUGAUAUUUUUGAAGUAUCAACAUGCCAAAGGAUAGAAGAGAUCGUUCCAUAUCUUUUGAUAGGUGCAGGGCAUCUCCUUAUACAUGCAACUCCAGCUGUUCAAGACGUUCAUCACCUAAACUCCCUUCAGAAACUGAAGAGAAUCUGAAGGAAUGGGAAGAAGCCAGGUGCCCUGUAUGCAUGGAACAUCCACACAAUGCUGUUCUCCUUAUUUGUUCUUCACAUGAGAAGGGUUGCCGUCCAUACAUGUGUGAUACAAGCUAUCGUCAUUCUAAUUGUCUUGAUCAGUUUUGCAAGUCAUUUGCAGAAACAACUUCCUCAACUCCACAAUCACAAGAAAGUAGUCUCGCAACCAUGAAUUCUUCUGAAGUUGUCAGCCCAGCAUCAACAGUUACAGUUCCACCGGAAGAUCGAUUUGAGGAAGGAUCCUUACCCACCGAAACCAUUUCUUGUGAGAACAAGGCGCAUCCAAAGCUGGUGUGCCCCCUCUGUCGGGGGCAGAUAAAAGACUGGCUUGUCAUGGAACCCGCACGAAGUUUCAUGAAUGCAAAAUCAAGGAGCUGUGCCUGCGAGACUUGCAAUUUUACUGGCACGUAUUCAGAUCUAAGGAAACAUGCUAGGCUUGAACACCCACUUGUUCGUCCAUCAGAGGCUGAUCCAGAGCGGCAACGUGAUUGGAGGAGGCUGGAGCGUCAGAGGGACUUUGGAGACAUGCUUAGCACACUCCAAUCUUCAUUUGGAGAAGAGAGGGGUGACAACAUUUUGCCUAUAGAUGAUGGUGGUUGGCUCACUGUAUUCUUUCUUAUAAGAGUUUUUAGACCUGGAUCUAGUUCAAGGAGUAGUAGCUGGUCUGGUGCCUCAAGAGUAGCACAGCUAGGUUUCAGAAGGCGAGCCAUCCGGCAUUGGGGGGAGAAUCAUGACGGUGAAACUGGAUCUUCUUCCAGAGAAGAUGACAAUGAUUCUUCAGAUGGUGGGUCAGGCCCUCGGAGACGCAGGGAGCGCAACCGCCAAAGAACAACGCCUGACCAGUUGUGAUUGUGGAACUCUGUGAUUUAUUUUAUUGUUUCCAGGAGGUGCUACCACUUGUUGCAGGUGGAAUAGAAUGAACCGAGGUUCUUUGGCAAGCACUAGAUAAAGUUCCACUAAGUAUCAGAUGGUUUCUCAUAGAAGUUGCUUGAUUGUUUAUCCUCAAGAGUGAGCAAAUUGUAACUUUAUGAAAAGAUACCAUUAAUUAAAUAAUUUAUAUCCUUGGCAUUUGUUGUUGGGUGGGUUCUGUCAAAUAUUCACUCUUUCAACUACAAGAAAGUUGGAAAUAAAUUUGCUGGUUGUUGCCUUUGGAA